UGUUUGUUUUAUACGUUUACGCGCCUGAGUAAGUGUCGUAGGUAGUUUGGCUUUCCGGCUUUUUAGAAAAGUUUCAUUUUUAGUGCAUGCACAAGAUGUCUAUAGUUCCUAUGAUGUUCCGUGACUGGUGGGAUGACUUCGACACUCCAAUCCGCUCGUCGCGGCUACUGGAUCAGCAUUUUGGAACUGGACUCCGAGUCGACGAUUUGUUUUCAUCUCUGUCCACUCGAACCCCAACAUCUCCGCUGCUCAGAUCCGGCUACUAUCGGCCUUGGCGAAACACGGCUAUCGCGCGUCAGGAUUCCGGUUCGACUUUGAAUCUGGAUAAGGACAAGUACCAAAUCAUUCUCGACGUGCAGCAAUUUACCCCGGAGGAGAUCACCGUGAAAACCACCGACAAGUACAUUGUGGUGGAAGGAAAGCACGAGGAAAAGCAAGAUGAACACGGAUUCGUGUCACGUCAGUUCACCCGUCGCUACAUGUUGCCAGCUGGCCAUGAUCCAAAUGACGUCGUGUCGACCCUUUCGUCCGAUGGAGUACUAACCGUGACGGCACCGAAGAAAGCACUUCCUGCUUCGAAUCCGGAGCGCAGUGUCCACAUUCAGCAGACGGGCCAACCGGCCAAGGAGCAAAGUGAACCGAAAAUCGAGCAGGCCCAGUAAAUUGAUCCUUUGGGUCUAUUCGGAGCGAUUCCGUUUCAAAGUGCAAAUAUGCCAUUGUUUUUGCUUGGUUUAAUGCUUGUAUCGAAAGUAUUCUACAGAUAUGCUUUUUAUUUCAAGUAGUCAUCACUCGAUUUAAGAAAUAAACCUUUUGAUUUUAAUAAUUA